AUCGCAAACAUAUUCACGCGAGAGCAUGAAACCGCAGCUGUUAAACGUUCUCUUUAUCAACGGAUCGAACGGUAACGGUUUCCAGGAAUUAUCCAACCUCUCGAGACUAGUGAUCCUUUCUGAAAAGUGAGCGAGAUCGUAGUUGCUGAUAGAUAGUGAAUACCUGCUACAAGUGCGAAAUGAUGAAUCUGGAAAUGGAUUGGUGGCCGAUAAUCGCGGCUGUGUUGGCCGUGCUAGCAGUGGUCUACUACCGAGCCACUCGUAACUUCGACUUUUUCAAAAAACGUGGGAUUCCGUACGCCAAACCGAUGCCGUUUUUGGGUAGCAUGUGGGAACUGUUCUUUCAAAGACUGUCGACUGCCGAAGGCGUAGAAAAGGUGUACAAUUUGGAUCCCGAGUCAAAGUACGUCGGUUUCUUCGAGUUUGAAACGCCCAUACUCGUGAUUCGAGACCUCGAUCUGAUCAAAUCCAUCACCGUGAAGAAUUUCGAUCACUUUCCAAAUCAUAGAAUGGCUUUCGAGCCGGACGUGGAGACUCUCUUCUCAAAGAACCUCUUUUCUCUGCGCGACGAAAGAUGGAGGGAAAUACGGAAUUUGUUGACACCGGCCUUCACGUCUAGCAAGAUGAAAUCCAUGUUCGUGUUGAUGCGUAAUUGUGCUCAAGAGUACGGCGAUUAUUUCGCUUCCUUGCCUGCCGAUCAGUCGAAAGAGCUCGAAUUGAAAAACGCGUUCACUAAGUACACCAACGACGUGAUCGCCACUUGCGCGUUCGGCAUUGACGUCAACUCGAUGAAGGAUCCGAAAAACACGUUCUAUGUGUACGGCAGGGAGGCAACCAGCUUUGGAAGAGCGCAAUCCCUCAGGUUUUUCGCGGUGAGAAAAUUUCCGUGGUUAUGUCGAUUGCUCGGUAUCAAGGUAUUCAAUCAGAAGAUCGUCGACUUCUUCAAUGAGUUGAUAGCGAGGACGAUAAAGGUCCGAGACGAGAACGGUAUCGUUCGUCCAGACAUGAUUCAGCUGAUGAUGGAGACCAGAGGGAAAUUGGGACCAGGCAAAGAGUUGACCAUCGACGACAUGACCGCCCAGGCAUUUAUUUUCUUCUUUGGUGGAUUCGAGAGUACAUCAGCUCUCAUGUGUUUCGCCCCUUACGAGAUCGGCAUCAACGUACAGAUACAGAAAAGAUUGCAAGACGAGAUCGACCAGGUAUUGGAGGAUUGCAACGGCCAGGUCACGUACGAUGCUAUCAACGACAUGAAAUAUCUGGAUGCUGUCAUUCUCGAGAGUCUUCGGAUGUACCCGCCGACGGUCAUUAGCGACAGAGUGUGCGUGAAACCGUUCGAAUUGCCGCCACGCGUGCCGGGAGCGAAGCCGUACGUCAUGCAACCUAACGACAGCAUGUGGAUACCAAUUUAUGGCAUACAACACGAUCCGCAGUACUACCCGGAGCCGAAGAAAUUCAAUCCCGACAGAUUCUACGACGAUCCGAAACAGAUGUCCAACUCUCCCUCGUUCCUCUCGUUUGGAAUGGGCCCCAGAAUGUGCAUCGGCAACAGGUUCGCCCUAUUAGAAGCGAAAGUUUUGCUUUUCUACGUUUUGGCCAAGUGCGACCUCGCACCAUGCGCCAAAUCUUCCAUACCGUUGAAACUGGACAGGAAAGGGUUCACCAUGGUGUCGGAGAACGGGUUCUGGCUGAAAAUCCAACCGAGAAAUGCAAAAAGAGCAGAGCCUGAGAAGAUUGCCAUCCCAGGGACGACCAUGCUUAUCGAUAAGAUUCGCGCCAGACAUCCCGACAAUUGA